AUGAUGGCUAUCUCUCAGACCACGUUCGCCGGCAAGGCGGUGCAGGCCCGCGCCCAGGCCCCCCGCGCGCGCGUGUCCACCGUGGUGCGCGCCCAGGCGGGCUCGCGCCGCGAGCUCCUCUCGCUGGGCCUCGCCGCCGCCGUCGUGGCGGCCACGGCCGGCCCCGCGAAGGCCGACCUCGUCGAGGACCUCAAGGCCAAGAGCGAGGCCAACAAGGCCAAGAACGACAAGGCCCGCCUCGCCGCGUCGAGCCGCAACCUCGAGCGCUCGCGCGCCGUGGCCGACGGCGUCUGCGCGUUCCCGGCCAACUUCACGGGCUGCGGCGACGCCAUCUCGAAGAAGUACUCGAGCUAA